AUGACGCCCGAUGCGAUCCCUAUCGAGUAUCUAGAUCAGGUCAAUUUGGCAUUCGUCUACAUCGAUCCGAAGGAUUACAGCAUAAUUGGGAUGGAUGAUUCCAGCCUAGCCACAGACGUCUACGCCAAGGUGGCUGAUCUCAAGACCCGCAAACCCGAUGCAGAGAUCUGGGUUAGUGUGGGUGGUUGGACUUUCAACGAUGAUGGCAUCUAUCAGUCUGUCUUUCCUAACAUUGCCAAAGACACAGCUAUUGCCCGACAGUUCAUUGGGAACCUUAUGGAAUUCCUCGACAAGUUCGGCUUUGAUGGCGUUGAUAUAGACUGGGAAUAUCCCGGUGCUGAUGAUCGGGGUGGUAGCGAGGAGGAUAUUGAGAACUACCCAAAGCUCUUGGGCCAGAUGCGUCGCUACCUCAAGGGCGGAAACAACUACUCCAAGUCAUGGGGAAUUUCAAUCACAGUGCCCACCUCUUACUGGUACUUGCGAUGGUUCGAUAUCAACCAGCUGCAACACACGGUAGAUACGUUCAAUCUCAUGGCGUACGACCUUCAUGGCCGCUGGGAUCGUGAGGAUCCAAUUGGUCCAUAUGUGUAUGCACACACCAACCUGACAGAGAUUGAUGAUGCUUUGGACUUAUUCUGGAGAAACGACGUUGAUCCUUCCAAAAUCAGCCUUGGACUUGCAUUCUAUGGUCGUACAUAUACACUGAAAACGCCCCUGUGCAGCGAGCCAGGCUGUGAGUGGACUGACCCCGGCCCCCAAGGGGGAUGCACAGCCACUGCGGGUAUUCUUUCCUACAAGGAGAUCAAGGAGGAAAUUGUGAAUGCAGAUUUGAGUCCUAUCUAUGACGAGGAAGCUGGCGUCUACUAUCUGCUGUAUGGCAGCGGUGGUAGCUCCUGGGUCUCCUUUGAUGAUACGAUCUCGUUCCAAGCAAAGAUUGAUCUUGCCAACAAGUAUGGCCUCGGUGGUCUGCUCAUUUGGGCUAUUGAUCAAGAUGACGAUUACUAUCACGCUCUUCGUGGCGUUGUAGGCAAAGAUGUCGUACCGCUCCCUACCGCAUCAAAAAGCUAUGGAGCGUUCAACAUUGAUGACUGUUACAUUACCAAGUGCGGGCUUGGAUGUGGAACCGGUGAUUUAGAAAUGACAAGGCUCAAUCAGGAUUCCAGUGGUCAUGCAUGUGGUGGACCCGAUCACAAUGCUCGAUCUUUCUGCUGCCCUCCACGAACUGCUCCCGAUGCAUCGACUUGUUAUUGGACUGGAGGUCCGACCAAUUGUCAUGGCCAAUGCAAAGCUGGGGAAGUCAGUAUGGUUCUAGAUGACUAUGGUGACAGCGGAAAGCGAUGCACGAACGGUGGCAAGAAAGUCUGGUGCUGUCCCGCGACAAAUGGGCAGGCUGCGAUUGAAAACUGUGGCCUGGCCGACGUAGAUUCAGACUGCCCAAAUGACAAACCACAAGAAAUGACCUCAGUUGGGAACUUCCUCCGCGAUCCUGACGGCAUGGGCCGGCAGUACAAGAGAAAGCUUUGUUGUCCAUCGAAACCAGAUUUCCAUCAAGACAAAUGUGACUGGUACGGGGAAGACAGAUAUUGCAAUGAUAAUGAAUGUCCCUUGGGUCAAGUUGAGCUUUUCCGGUGGAAUGGCUGGCAUGAGGGAGAGAGUUAUGGUUAUAGAGGGUGCAACAAAGGUCGACAACAGGCAUAUUGCUGCCCACCACCUCUAAGUAAUGGAUCUGCCUUCCUUCCGGUGCCACUGGAAGACCUAUUCCCUACAGGAGAUUCAUUCCCCGAUAGCUAUACCACUACAUUUGCGGAACACAUUGACAAUUCAUACAAUGAGUUAUCAGCCGAUGUCCAGUCAACCGAUCCCAACAAGAAAGCAUUCACCUGGGUCAUCAUGACUGGAGACCAGGAAGAUGUUCAGAGCUUCGAGAAACGCGACGGUUCUCACCUCGAACUUUUCGAUUGCCCCAAUACUGAACCAGAGGACUUCGACACGCAGACACUAAAAGCUAUUUGCGUGGGAGGUACAGACGAGGAGAACAACUGUGAAGAUAUUCUACUUGGGGGGGUUGAGGGUACCGUUGUUCGAUUGCCAUCGAACUGCGGGCCUGACACCUACGUGCGAGCUGUCAGCUUCGAGGCUUCCAAUAACGCAACAUUACCGCAUUCGAUACAGAAGCGACACCCUGAUGCAAACAAAGUAUACGAGUUCAAAUACGACUAUGAGUUCAAAAAUCUCCGCCGAGAUGGUGGUGAGAUCUACUUCCGCGCGGAUCUUUCUAAUCAUCCAGGUUAUUGGGACGAGAUUGUUGCCGCAUCCCCAGAUUCGCCCGUCAAGCGCUCUGCUGAAAAUUGGCGCCAUCUAGAUCGUCGUUUUUGGUCUUCUUCGUGGGAGGACUGGCAGAAACGCUUCAAUUCCCUUCUUACCAAGGGUAAUGAAGGCCUGAAGAAGCACUACGAGUUCAACCAGUGCUUGUUUGAGGCAAAGGGGGUCUGCAAGAAUGCUGAUAUCGGAGCCAAAGCUUUUGUUUACGGCGAAUUCAACACGACUAUGGAUCUUGGCAUGAGUUUGAUUGGAACUCUGAAGAAUUUCGGAUUCUCGGAAUCUUAUGCCUACUUCAAUCAAGAGGCCUUCUCGAUGCGAAUGGGUGCUGGAUUUGAGGCCCGCGCACGAAUGUACUUUGAUAGCGGGUGGGCUUCAAUGGGUUCUUUUGAGCCAUUUGGUAUGAACUCCUACGUCAAGGGCAUGUUCACCAUAAAUCCAUACUUCAAGAUGGAUGCGCGUGUGGAGGCUGAUGCAUACAUAUCGGCCCAAGCUACUGGUGAAAUCAGCAUCAGUCAUGAGCGUUUCCGAUACUACCUCCCGGUCAACCUUGGAAAUAACCCUACUGAGAUUACAGGAGAUUGGGAGCUGAGCUCUGUGACCGGUCCAAUCUCUGGUCUUGGCGAUAUUGAAGCUAAGGCUGGAGGUGGUCUUGUUCUUGGCUUCCGGCCAACGAUUGGCGUCGAUAUCAAUUUGCAAUUCCAAGGGGAAGAGUACGUGAAUACGUCAAUUACUCUGAGCACGCCAGGCUCUAUACGUUAUGAUGCCGCAAUCAGUUCAAAGUGCAGUGCAGGUAUGCAGUUCGAUGUCACUGGAAAGCUGGAUGUCGACUUUGCUGUCACAAACGCUCUCCCCGGAUGGUCCAGUAAAUCUUACAACUGGGAAAAUCCUAACCCUGCAACCUUGUACUCGGGUUGCGUGCCAUUCGACAUUCUCCUCGGCCGUGAUCUUGAUGGCCAAGAAAACAACUUAACAUCGCGUUCCACAAUCGGGUCAAACAUUGACCUGCCUGACCGAUCAGAUGUGACAUGCGCCUUUUCCACCAAAGGUGUAUAUUGUGCGGAUGAAAAUAGUGAUCUAGAUUGUGAUUUGAGCAAUCUGCCAGGGGAUGAUGGAGAUGGAGAAGACGAGGAAGAAGAAACAUAUACCAGAAAGCGGAGCAAUCUCCAAAAACGGUCGGAAAAGAAACUGGGUUAUUGCAUGCAGAAUCCAAAAAGUCAAGGUGAAUAUGACGGAUUUGACACGGCCAACAUUGGCAUGAUUAAGUUCAGCAAUUUUCCCUCCUCUGGUGAGCUUGUCGUGAAGUAUCCAAAUGUCGCAACAUAUGAUGCGAGUGAUCCCAAAGAUUGCAACAACCUUGGCUUAAGCAAACUAUCAAAAACACCGACGAAACCAGGAGUUGCUGCUUCCAACAAUAAUCGACAAUAUGAUAGCGAGCAUGUCUUGGAAGCACAAACUGUCCAGCGUUUCUUCAAAGACUGCGCCCAGAAAUGGUCACAACUGAGUGCGAAGGGUGCACAGACGAACCCCAACAUUCGGGAUUACCUAGACCCUCGGGUUUCGAAGAAAGUUAGAACCAACAUACCUUGGUGCGAGUGGAUCGCGCAGUGGUGGCAAAAGCCCGCUGUCUUCCCCGGCGGGCUGAAUGCCAAUUCAUAUCUUGGGAGUGUAUACCCCGGCUAUAAGGGUCACUACACUGAUGAAAUGGUUCUUUUGGCGAGUGAUUUGAACUCCAAAGUUAAGCAAGGGUGGUUUGCUGCAUCGAGACUAUAUGGGGAGUCUGCAAUUGAUGGUGAGAUGCAAGCUAGCAAGUGGGAUAACGUGUCGAAGUAUCUGAAGCUCCAAAUAGUUUGUUGGAAGUAUUACUAUCUGGAUGAGAUCAAGACGACACUGGUCAAGCAGGCAAACCGAGUUCAAGCCCGGUUGAAGGAGUUGGAUGCUGAUGGGUUGAUGGACUCGACAGUGGGUAAUUUUGGGGGGACGUAUGAUCAGAAAUACAAGUCUCAAGGGUUUGAAGAUUUGUGGAAGACGUGGGUUCGUUCUGAGCACACGCGUGUCCAGGCAACUGUGAAAAAGUUCUUGAAAGACAAGACCAAGAAAGCCUACGAUUUGAACCGUCCGGCGAGUGCCAAGCUUCAGCCGGGCCAGGCGCAUCAGAAGGAUGACAAGAUUGUCAAAAUGUUUGAGAUGUAUUUAGAUGAGGUUAACAGCUUGAAAGAUUGGGACAUUGACUGGGACAAGAAGACAUAA